CCGCUUCACGGCAAAUCUGUAUCUCAGUUAGCACGCUAUGCUUCCAAGAUCCGCUAUUGCUCGUUCUAAUGGUCUCGUAACUAGACGAAUCGUUACACGUCGACCAGCGGGAUCCACUGUGCGCUUUCAGUCAACGUCCUCGUCUUCCGGAGCGUCUUCGUCUGCAUAUAAUGCCUCACAUGCCGCGGCCGGUGUAGCUGGCGGUGCCACUGUUGCUCUAGCAGGUUAUGUCUGGUACCAUACCUCUGGUCUUAAGACAGCAUUGCAGACCUCUAAGGAUAUUAAGAGCUAUCUCCAGACCACGCGCGACAAUGUUGUCUCUAAAGCUCGCGAAACUGCAAAGAAUCCAAGCCAGGCACUAUCCCAUUUGCGUGGCAUCGCAAAAUCCUAUUCGAAUUUCAUUCCCGGAGCAUCUGGAUAUAUUGAUACGACAUUUGAUGAGCUAGACGACCUGUAUGGUGCACAUUCUGGCGAAAUGGACUCGAUAUUGAAGGAAACGACGGACGAGUUAUCGAAAGUUGCGAAUCAAGGACGUGCAGACACUGCAACUGCAGCAAAGGUAGCUGAGAUCGUCGGGAAUGCUGUGCGUAGAAUGCAAGAGCUCGGUAAGAAAGUGGGUGGCGACAUCCUGGACAAGAGUCCUAUGGUUAAGGAGAAACUGGGAAGCGGGUACGAGCAGUUGCAAAGUUUAGCGGAAAAGGCAGGCCCUGAAGGGAGGAAAGCACUGGAUGAAGUGCAGAAACAGGUCAAAGAAAUAAUUUCGAGGGGUAAACCUGACGAGGAAGCAAUCAAGAAAAUACGGGACCACAUUCAGGAUAAAGCUUCCUCCAUCCGUAAACGUGUUGAAUCGUCUGAUGGAACCGGAAUAUUGGAUAAAUUUGAAAGUGUCGGCGCACUUUUCAAGAAUAUUCCAGGUGUAGAUGAAAUUAUAAAGAAGGCACCAAAUAGUCAAGAAAUCAUCAAAUUGGCAGAGGACCAGAGUGAAGAGGCGCAGAACCUUGCAAAGGAGACUCUAACAGAUGUGAUGGCCGUGCUUGAGGAAAAGGGCAAGAAAGCAAAGGAACUGACACAACGCACGAAGGUUGAGGCCGAAAAGCAGGCCAAAAAUUAA